UAAUAUUAAGCUUCUAUGAUUCGGAUUCGGAUUUUAAAUAAUUUUCUUUUUGCUGUACUUUGAUUCUAUAGAGUUGCUAUUCAUCAUUUCUUCUUGUUGUUACUAAGUUCUCCUCCAAAUCCAUCAAGGGCGUUGCAAAGGGACAUGAAGAUGCAUUCCAAUUUCUGUCCCACAUCAAUUUCUUUGCCCUCCCUCCAUGGUAGGUCUUCUUUCUUUUUGGUGUGCUUGAGUCGCCUCAAAGGCAACCUAAUACACAAUGACUUUGCAAGUCCAUGUAAUUUUAUGCGAAACAAUGAGGGGAAGGAGGUUAGUGUAAUAGCCAUGAAGAAUGGGAACUCUGUUACUAUGCCAACAAAUGAGUCUACAGGUCAAGAACUCUCCGGUGAAUCAUAUAAUUCCUGUAUCUGUGAUUGUUGCAAAGUUGGGGAUGUUGACAAGGCCAUGACUCUUCUUGCUGACAUGCAGUCUCUGGGUUUUCAUCCCAGUUCCUUAUCUUACACUUGUUUGAUUGAAACUUUAUUAAGUGUUGGCAGAACUUUGGAAGCCGAAGCUUUAUAUCAAGAGAUGAUGUGUUUUGGGUUGAAGCCAAGACUAAAAUUAUACAACAUAAUGCUUAGAGGAUUUUUGAAGAAAGGCCUCCUAAGGGUUGCUGAAAGGGUUUUAAGGAUACUGGAUGAUCUGGGUCUUCAUAGAAAUCAAGAAACUUAUGAGAUACUUUUAGAUUACAAUGUGAAUGCUGGACGGUUAGAAGAUACUUGGUCAGUAAUCAAUGAAAUGAAGCAGAAGGGCUUUCAACUUAAUUCAUUUGUCUACAGUAAGGUUAUUGGACUUUAUAGAGAUAACGGGAUGUGGAAGAAAGCAAUAGGCAUCAUUGAGGAGAUUAGAGAGAUGGGAAUGCCACUGGACAAGCAUAUAUAUAAUAGCAUCAUUGAUACCUUUGGGAAGUAUGGUGAGUUAGAUGAAGCCUUAGAAGUGCUUUCAAACAUGCAACAACAGGGUAUAACGCCUGAUAUAGUGACAUGGAAUUCUUUAAUUCGUUGGCAUUGUAAAGCUGGGAAUCUUAGUAAAGCUCUUGAAUUGUUUUCUAAGAUGCAAGCACAAGGGUUAUAUCCAGAUCCAAAGAUCUUAGUUACGAUUAUAAGUCGAUUGGCAGAGCAGGGAAAGUGGAACAUUAUAAGGGAAAACUUUGACAUUAUGAAAUCCUGGGGGUACAAAAAAAGUGGGGCCAUUUAUGCGAUUUUGGUUGAUAUUUAUGGGCAGUAUGGUAGAUUUCAGGAUGCUGAAGAGUGCAUAUCUGCUUUAAAGUCAGAAGGUAUUCUACCUUCAGCUAGCAUGUUUUGUGUGUUAGCAAAUGCUUAUGCACAGCAGGGAUUAUGUGAACAGACAGUUAAGGUGCUUCAGCUCAUGGAAGCAGAAGGAAUUGAACCAAAUCUUAUAAUGCUGAAUGUAUUGAUCAAUGCUUUUGGUAUUGCUGGGAGACAUAGGGAAGCACUAUCUAUCUAUCACCAUAUGAAAGAAAGUGGUAUCAGUCCUGAUGUAGUUACAUACAGCACACUUAUGAAGGCAUAUAUUCGGGCAAGGAAGUUUGAUGAGGUUCCUGAAAUAUACAGUGAAAUGGAAUCUUCAGGCUGCACUCCAGAUAAGAAAGCUAGAGAAAUAUUGCAGGCUGCACUAAUGGUCCUUGGAAGGAGGAACUUUAUAAACUCUUCGCGUGGCUGGAAAAUGUACUGCUUGGACUAAGUCUCUCCAAGGUUGAUAAUGUGAUGCUGCUCUGGGGCAUCCCUUUCCUCUUCUUUCUUUUGCUGCUGAUCUCACAUCGCUCUCUUGGUGGCAUAUGAAGUGGUAGAGAUGUAACCUUCAGAACAAUCAUAUGUGGAAGAUGUUAUUCUUCAGUUGAAACGAAUCAUCAUGACCAAAUCUUCUUUUGCCUCAACAACUUCUGCUGCAUUUUUCUAGCUCCAGUUAUAAGAUUACCUCCCAAAAUCUCUCUACAGUGCGAGUUCAACUUAGGCAUGAUAGUUCCUUUACCCCUGUCAUAAUAAUUCUUCAUAUUUCCUAUCGAACCACUUCUUUUGGAAGCUGCAAUACAUAGCAAUUCAAGUGGAAAGAAAUGCUGGAGAUGUGGCAUCAUACUUUUGAACAAGAGGUUUCUUAAGAUAUAUGCAACAUGCAGAUGGUUGUACGUGUAAUAAAUUUGUCUACCUUGAGAUACAAGGAGAGUUGGUAAAAGGGUCCUGGAUAAGCAUGAUCUUGGAUGUCUGCUGCAGAUAUGAAAGGAUAGAUGAAAGUUCACCAUUGGCCUUUGCUGGAUCCUCGUUGCGCUUAUCUGCGUACAAGUUCAAGUUCUUAAUGUCCGUCACCUGAGCAUAUUCUGUCAACUGCAAGUGUCAAUCCUUGCACUGAUACCAUUUGCCUCUGGAGAUGGUAUAUAGAGUAAAUCACAACUCUUUGACGAUAGCAUGAGGGUCAGAACUUUCAACUUCAAUCAAGUCAUUCACUAGUGAGGAAGUUGAGAAGCGCUUUGCUUUAUAUACUGGCAAAGAAUUGUUUCAUGGUCAGAGACCAGUUCGUGCCCAAGCUUUUAGAAAAAUUCAGCAAGUCCGAGCCCUGUCCAAAAGAGAACCCUGCUGUACAAAGUAUCAAAUAUUAGAGAUCCUUGGCUUAGAUUUUCUAACUUCAAAAAAUACUGGAAAACUUUCAGCUCAAAACUCGCAUCUAUUUCUCUUUUUCUAAUCAUAGCCAAAUCCUCCCGUUGAAUUCUUCACAGAAGCAUCUCUUUAGCUCCCGACAAGUGUGGUGGCUGUUUAAUUUUAUUUUUUUCUAAAAGCUUUUUUUUUUCUCUUUCUUAUCAUUUCAUCACUUUUUGUUAUACAUUUUCUAAUUUCGUCUCGCUUUAAAUAGAUUUCCUUUCUUGAUA